ACACAGUGGUCACCUGUCUGGAGUCUUCCAUGAUUGUGGAGGUGGAGAAAGCCACAUUGCCUCAACUCCAUUAUCAAGAUCUGCGUCUGUCUGAUCCCAGUAACACAGCCUGCAGCCUCAACUCCAACAGCACCCACGUGGUCGCCAUAGUGUCCCUCAACGCCUGUGGCACCCAGAUCGAGGAGGAUGACGAUAAUCUGAUUUUCAUGAAUGAGAUCACCACGGUGGACAAUACCUCGGCCCUCAUCACCAGAAAACACCUGUUGGAAAUCAAGUUCUUCUGCCAGUACUCCAAAAGAGGAAACGUGACCGCCACCUUCAGCGCUCACAGGGAGAAUGUGACAGUGUGGGACAAGGGCUUUGGGAAGUUCACCUACGGCUUUGAGUUCUUCCCAGAUCAGAGGUUUGUCUCCAGGAUCGACCCCCGGCUCUACCCUCUGGAGUAUGACGUGGGCGAUCGCAUCUUCAUGGAGAUCGAAGCCACAACUAUAGUCAACAACACAGAGCUGUUUGUGGAGUCCUGCAGAGCUGCACCCUAUGACAACCCCAACUACCCCCAUCCCUACACUCUCAUUGAGAACGGCUGCAACUUAGACUCAACACUGAUCGUCUAUCCAAGAAGUCACAACAGACAAGUCAAAUUCAGCUUUGAGGCCUUAAAGUUCAUUGGCCUUCAUGACCAGGUCUACAUCAGCUGCUCGGUGUUGAUGUGUGAAGCUGGAAACUCACACACUCGCUGUUCUCGGGGAUGUCUGCCCAGUGCACCAAGUAGAGCCAGGAGAGAGGCCUUCAUUGAGUCUGGAGUCCACUAUGUGUCCCAGGGCCCACUGCGCCUCAAGAGAUCUGUGCAGGCAGAAAACUCAGGCCUGAACCUCAACCUGGUCUUCAUCUCUGGCUGUGCUCUGGCCGCUGUGGGGAUGAUCUGUGGAGUCUUCUUCUACAAAGCCAAGAGAUCAAGUGUCAAAUACCAAGCUCUGCCUUCAGAUGAAAACUAGAAACACCACCUGCAGAUGCAAGAAACACACUGCACUAUUAGAAUACGGUGAUUAAUGAAGAACUAUGGGUGAAGGUGAAGGAUUUUAAAGUUAUUUUUUCAAUUUUGUACAAUGAUAAACUAAGGCUAAAAAGUAGAAAAACACAGAAUAGGGUACAUCACAUUUACAAAUAAUUACAAGCGUUGUCUUGUAUGUCUCUAAAUAUAACAAAAGCUAAUUACAAUUGCAAUUUGAAUUAGUCUCCAAUUUGUGUUGAUAAGGGUGUACUAGUUAAACUACCAAUUUAAAGUAAACUAUGACAGCACAAGAUGAUGCAAAACUAUAGAUUUUGCACUGUUGGCUAAUGUAAUAGUCCAUAUAGUGAUAGACUGUAUAUCACGAUAACACUGUGAUUAUUUUUGCUACUGGUACUUAUUUUGAAUUACCAUUUAUGCUUUUGGUCUUUUUUACUAUUAUAUAUUGUGAUGUGCGAGCUACUGUGCCCAAAUAAUUUCCUUUGUGGAUC